AUGGGAUUUGAUAUGGAAACCUUUGAUGAUACAUCUACCCAUGGUGAUCCACACCCACAGUGCCAAUCUCUGGAUGCAGCUGGUGCCCUUGGUCUUGUGUUACACCAUCUCAACUUGACAAUGACAGAGAUCAGCCUACAACAAAUAUUUGCCAUCAUCCCAAGCACAGCAUCUCAAUAUACAGUGGCUCACAAAAUUGUCCCAAUCCACUGUAUUACAUUUGGACUCCAAAUCCUACUUUCAACACUUUGUAAUAUGCCAAAAGCCCAGAUCCAUUGGCCACAGCCCAGAGAGUUUGAGAAGCUGUCAGAGCUGUGUAUAUUCAAUAUCCAAAUUACAAUGCCAACACAAACUGACACUUAUAAAGGACUGAUCAUUGGUGCAAAUAUUAAUGCUCCAGGCACAGCAGACAUUGUGGGGUGGAUUUGCACACCUUUGAAAGAGGAACUACUCUCAUACCAACAAACUGCAGAGUGGGGCAUGCAAGCCAUUCAAGGCUCAUUUGGAAGACUUCAAGUGCCACUAAACAUCAAUGAUGAAGCAAAGCAUGGGAACCUAAUUGAGACUUGGUUACGACUUCACAAUCAUUGGCAGGAGACCAAAGAAGAUAUAGAAGUAUGGAUGGGGUUUAGAGAUAUGCUAUUUCCUGAUCAAGUAAGGAAGGAUUGA